GAUAACUAUAUCUUCAAUAAAGAUAUAGUCGUACAGUUCAACAGCACUGUGGGGGAGUAUGUGGGGUACACUGCACUUGGAGUAUAUAACGCAGAGUUAUGGAACAAAGAUCCCAACCAGCUGCAGCAAGAGAGAGCUGAGGUGGACAGAUUCUGCAAACAUAAUGCUGAAAUCCGUCAGGCAGCGAUCGCUGAUAAAACAGUGCCACCAAAGGUUAAGCUCAGUUCAGUGACGCAGGCUGGUGGCAGACAUCCAGCUGUGUUGAUGUGCAGCGCUUACCGCUUCUACCCACACGGGAUCAAAGUGUCCUGGAUGAGAAACGGUGCAGUUGUGAAGACUGAUGUGACCUCAACUGAGGAGAUGCCUAAUGGAGACUGGUACUACCAGAUUCACUCUGAGCUGGAGUACACCCCCAAAUCUGGAGAGAAGAUCUCCUGCGCGGUGGAUCACGCCGGCUUAACUAAACCCAUCAUCAUAGACUGGGGUAAGACGAAAUAUUUAUUUUUCCUUACAUAA